AGAAGAGAAUCAAUCACACAAGAAAAAUUAUAAUCCUUCUUAAUUCUUAUUAUAUAUAAAUAAACUUCAAUCUAAGCUUCGUCGUAAUUUCUCUUCCGUUCAAUGUUGUUCUUUUAGAUCUCGAACAAAACAAAAUCUCCAGAAAAAAAAAAAAUCAAUUUCCAUGGCGUCUAAAUCGAAGCAACAUCUUCGUUAUCAGCCACGGAAAUCUGUGUCACGAUCAACACAAGCUUUCACAGUGCUUAUUCUUCUACUUGUAGUGAUUCUGAUUCUUCUGGGUCUCGGGAUUUUGUCGCUACCUAAUGCUAAUAGAAACUCUUCGAAGACGAAUGAUUUGACCAACAUUGUACGAAAAAGUGAGACGAGUUAUGGAGAUGAAGAUGGGAAUGGUGAACGUUGGGUUGAAGUGAUUUCUUGGGAGCCUCGAGCUGUUGUUUAUCACAAUUUCUUGAGCAAUGAAGAAUGUGAGCACCUGAUCAAUCUUGCUAAACCGAGCAUGGUUAAGUCAACUGUGGUUGAUGAGAAAACCGGUGGGAGCAAGGAUAGCAGAGUAAGAACUAGCUCAGGAACUUUCCUUAGAAGAGGACAUGACGAAGUUGUCGAAGUGAUUGAGAAAAGGAUUUCAGAUUUCACCUUCAUUCCUGUUGAAAAUGGAGAAGGUCUUCAAGUUCUUCACUACCAAGUUGGGCAGAAGUACGAGCCUCACUAUGACUAUUUCUUAGAUGAGUUCAACACCAAGAACGGAGGACAACGAAUAGCUACUGUGCUUAUGUACCUCUCGGAUGUCGAUGAUGGUGGCGAGACUGUGUUCCCUGCAGCAAGAGGAAACAUUAGUGCAGUCCCGUGGUGGAACGAGCUCUCAAAAUGUGGUAAAGAAGGACUAUCUGUUCUACCAAAGAAGCGAGAUGCUUUACUUUUCUGGAACAUGAGGCCUGAUGCCUCUCUAGACCCUUCGAGUUUGCACGGUGGAUGUCCAGUGGUGAAAGGAAACAAAUGGUCAUCCACGAAAUGGUUCCAUGUCCACGAGUUCAAGGUUUAAGAACCAAACACAGAAAAAAAAAACUAAAAUUUGAGGAGGUUUUCACGGAAGCUUCAAAUUUGUGUGGAUACAGAUAAACAGAUGUACUAUGUGUUUCCCUUUUGAAGUGAGAGAUCCUUAGGAAAUUGGAGGCUGUUUUUCCUUAGGGAUAUUUGAACUUUUUCCUUUAAACUAUUUGUACUUUACGACAUGUUCGGAUCUGAGUUUUUGUAACUUUAACAACUCAAUACAACCAUGCAUUUUCCGUUUA